AUGCCCGAAGAACCGGGCGUUUCAGCCACCAAUGCGUCUCACAGCAAAACGCAGAAAGACAUCAGGAACAACACAGACGAGACAGAUGCAGAAGAUGGGUCUUCGUUGCCCGACACUGCUGCAGACGAGUUGCCGGGAGUCGAGCGCAAUCCCUCGGCUUCCUCGAGGACAACUUACGACAUGCAAGCGUCUGGAAAAACAGAUGAGGGGCAUGUCAGACAAGCAGUGGGUAGAGAAGAGCACGAGGGUGUUGCCGAUUUGGUGACGAGAGAACCAGAGGACGUUAGGCAUUUUUUGAAUGGGAAAAACAGGUCAACGCAGCCUCAGCCCGGCGAGCGUGGAGAAGAGAGUGAAGGUGGCCUUCCUGCCGGUUGGCAUGAAUCGGAGAAAAAGAGAGAUCUCCAGUCCCAAGGACAGCCGCACGAGCAGAACGUUGCUGAUGAAGGGUCCUCGAUGGAACCUAAUUUCGGGGAAGCUUUCGAAGCAAGAAACAGAGACCGCGACGAUGAGCGAGUACAAGAGCGACUCCCUUUCAUUGAGACAGCCCGGCGACUUCCUCCUGAACUGCACGCGAUGCUGCUGGCUGAGCUCUUGCGUGCGAAUGCGGAGCCGUCUUCCCCAGAGGUGGGUUUCCCUGCCUCGAGUGCGACAGCGACUUCUACCAGCGAGGAUUUCCACGGCUCGCUCACCGCUCCGCGCCGAGAGGCGCCUUCUCCACUGUCCACAGGGCGCGCGGGCGCAGGAAGGGCAAAGACAGCCAGUCCUGUGGAAACGCCAGAUUCAGAUAAUUAUGCCAGGGGAGGAGGAGGGACAGAAGUCUCUUCUAGAAGUAGCGCUGCUGCUAGACAGACACCCUUGCCGAGCUCCGCGACGCCUUCGUACGCGUUUCAUGUCGGGGCAGCCGCUUCCUCUCCUUCUUUGCCUCUCUCUCCUUCCUCGAUUCCUCCUUCGUCUGGGUCUCCUUCUUCGACCGGCGCUCUGUCGGCUCUUGGUGCGCCUCCUCACGUGUCACGGCAAACAGAGGUUCCCUACUUAUGGGGAGCUCAUCCGGACCCCCACGAAGCCCGCGGCGGCCACGGGCGACAUGCCGGAGAUGUCCCUUUCGUCUCCCCUGGAAUUUCCUCGGGGUACACUUCUCAAGUUCCUUCUUCUCUUCCACCUCCUCCCUCCUGGCCCUCUCCUUCAGCGCCCUCAAGCUAUGUGCAACAGCUCGGCGCUGGAAACCCUCCCGGCGUCCUCCCCUCACCAGCCUCCUUGUCAGCCUACUCCGGUUCCCCUCCCUUCCCCCCCUACUCCGUCGCUUAUUCUUAUCCGUACCCUCAGCCCUACUCCCCAUAUCACGCGUCUUCUCUUCCUCUGUCGGCGGUUCUGGCUGCGGCGCCGGCGCCUCCUCCGGUUUUGGCAGAGACUGUGAACGCAGCGGUGGGUACCGCAGUGAAUCACGCCGCAUCUUUGGUAGACAACACUCUGCGGUCCGCUAUUGUCGGCAUCAUCAAUCCUGCCACAUACAGUGCCGCGAGUAUGCUGCACAGCCUCCAAGCUCUAAACGACAAAGUGUAUGCUGGCAGUGAAGUUGCGACCCGAGCCUUUCUGGACUUUGCGGCAUAUCGCCGAAGCCAUCCGGACGACACGCUGGCCCAAUUCGUCAACAGCUUGGAAGAAGCGACCGACACUUUGAAUGAAGCUGCCACGGCAGGCACGCCCAGGCUGAAACCGACGAUCGAGGCGCAAAAACAGAAGAAUCGCAGUGUUAGUCGAACCGAAGAUCUUUUGCUGGAAGGAAUGGGGCUCUUUUCGCCGUCCACCGAACGCGACUACAACCCUCAGACGCAAGCGGGUCCUACUUCGCUGGAAGGUAGGAAAGGAAAGGUCGCGUUUGAGGAGAGUUCACCGAAGAAGUUCCUCUCCAGAACCGACGGACCGGCAGGCGCACAGGCAGCGGGCCGACGAGAGAACGAAACAGGCACGUCUUCUGCCGGAGGCAAGGAAACCUCUCCUUCCGGCGUAGGAAAGAGAGAACGGGAAGUGGUGUCCGCGACCGGUCCGAGUGAACGUUUGCCUCAGGAAAUCAUAGAUCUGCGCACACUUUUAACGAAAGAACAAAUUGACGUCCUUGAAAGCCUGAUGCAGGUUCUGAACGUGGGCUUUGAUGCCACCCUCAACUUCGUCAAAAAUCAAGGCCGCGGCGUCCCUGGAUUGAAGCAGUUCCCUUUUUUCCAUCCUUUGCAACAAAAGGUCAUGAACAUGUACUACAGAGCUUCUGCGAACCGUGACGCGGAAAAGCAAAUCCUGGAGCAAAACGAGAGGCAGGAGGCCGAGCAAAAGGCCAUGCGAGCGCGAGCGGAAAGCGAACAACAGUUUUGGGCAGCCAUGCAGCAGGAGGCACUCCGACAAGGAAUCGAUCCUCGCGUCGUCGUAGCGCACAUGCUGCAGACAGCUCUGCAAAACCCACAGACGCCGGCUCCAGCGGGUGCCCCAAAUUCGCUCGCAACCCUCUCGAGGGGGUUGCACACAAACGCAUUACCUUCCCGAGUCGGCGGAGCGCACGCCGUUGAGUUUCCGCUGCGAAGUCUUGUCGGCGCUGCGACCCCUCUGCAGGGGAAACGAAGCAGAUUGUUGACAUCAAAAGCGCCACGAUUGCUGGCGAAGAAUCGCGCUCUGUCUUCUCGUGCGCCGCUGGGCGCGCUGAAGGAACUUUCGGAAGGAAAGGCAGAAGACGAAACGCCGGGCGAAAACAAAACGGUGAGGAAAAGCGAGCUCCAUCAAAAACGGGAAGGGGGGAAAGGUCCGAUAGAGCGUGGAGACGCAAACGGUAAGGAGAAUGAAGGGCGAGUGGACAAAAAGGACACCGAGGUCGAUCUUCUUCCCCACGACAAAGCGGCCUCAGUUCCCACAGUCGAAACAUCGGAAGACCGUUCGGAAGUGCGCGUCCAUUCCGAUGCGCCGGCGUCAACCGACAAAGGGUCUCCUUCCUCCUCAGCCGAACAGGAAGAAACCGAGCCGACCGGAUCACCGGCGGGGACGCCUUCUUGGCAAGCGGCUCCUGCAGGGGCGGGGUCUUCUCCGAGACACCUCGCCAGCAUGCCUCUGCCGCUUUCUGGCCUCCAGGCCUUUCCCUUUUCGGCGCCUUCGUCUCCCAAACCUUUUUCGCCGCCGUCCACCUUCGUCCUCCCUCCUGUCAUCUCGCUGCCGUCGUCUGCAGGAGUCUCUGUGGCUCCAACGGCUCUCGACCAGCUCCUGUCUCUCAUGGGAGUUCCGGAAAACUGUCUCCUGGAAAACUUCCGCUAUCGAGGACUCGCAAACGUAGUGGACCGGCGCAGUUCUCUCUCCACGUGCCAAGCUGCUUGUCGAGCUGCCGCCGCCGCCAUCUCAGGCAGUGCGCUGACUGAAGGUGACUUUGCCAGUGCGCAAAACCCGCAACAGCAGAAACCUUCUUCUUCUGCCCAGGCGCCUCCUUGCGGAUUCAUUUCGUUCCUCCCCGAAGUCGAGUUGUGCUACCGCUAUGCCACGGUGGAGGGUCUCCUGCCGGCCCCUGGGUACGUCUCCGCUCCCAUCUCUUGCUCCAUUGUGGAGACUGGACAGUUUGGGAGGCAAGACGAGAAGCGAGCGGCAGAGGCACUGCUCCUGUCGGGCUUUCAGUCGGAAGAGCAGCUGCGCGACCGCGAGGCACAGGAAACGACCGAGCGCCAAGAACUGAGAGAGAGAGAGCGACGAAGCGGCUCAAAAGAAGAGACAAAGGAACAAGGCCAAGGCGCAAGCUCCGCGAACAGACGCAACCCAAACGGGUUUGCCUCUGCCGCCCUGGAGCACGGUCCACAGCAAGGCGAGACACCGUUCUCCGGAGACGUGCAGGAAACCAAAUACCCACCUCGACGCGAGAAGCAAGAACGGAGUCGAGCGGCGGAAGGGCCCUCCCAGGAGAGGCGAACUCCACCACGACUGCCAACCGAACAGGCUAGUCGUUCUGAUGGCACGGAUUCGAACGCAGUGAACGCCCGCCCGCCUCUGUCGUCCUCCCCUGCUGCCGCCGCGUCUCCAUCGUUUUCUCCUUCGGGCGAAGCGAUGUCCAGACAGAAAGAAAACUCGGCACAAAACUCGCCAAGAAAAGGAUUCGCUUGGGACGGAAGACGGGGUAAUGGCGAGGAGUCGGCCCUGGCAUUCAGCGGCUCGGGUCCGCUUUCGCGUGCCUCCGAUGUUUCCUCCGAUGGCGCGGAGACGUCUCUUGUCGUUUCUGCGCCCUCAACAUCGCAGACGCACUUUUACUCUCCCUCGCUGGCAAAGCACCAAGCAGCGGAGGAAGCGUUUUCGCUUCAGUCUGGCCAAGUCCCUAACGAGAGCUCAGCGUCGUCCCUGUCGCAGUCAUGGUAUUCUGCAACGAAACCUGGAACUCCAACAGACUCACAAGCAGUCCCUUCUUCUCCGUCGUUUUCGUCUCCCUCCGUUUCGCCUUCUCUCCGCUCUCCACUUUCUCAUCCCUCUUCAUUCUCGUCGCCCGCUCCCUCCACUUUCUCCUUCCUGGCACCGUCGCCUGAGGCCCCAACCCAGCAGCCCGCCUCGCCCGUUCCACCCCGCCUCGCUGCACUUCCUCAGCCGUUUGCGUCUCCGCAGGCACCGUCGGUGUCGCCCCUGACCCUUUCGUCUCCCGGCGCUUCGCACGCGUCCCCAGAGUCUCCCGAGCGACUGCCCGACGCAGACGAAUCCUUCGUGUCCGUGGCGUAUUCUCCCGCGACCGGGUCUGGCCUGAACGACACACUUUACCCACCUCUGUCUCCUGCCGCGACGCCUUCCGCCGCCAACGGCUCCCCUUCCGCGUAUGCAGGUCCCUUCCUCACGGGCGCUGCUGCAUCACCCCAAGGCGGCGGUUUUCUCCCUCCCUCCUAUCCGCCUUCUUACUCGCCGCCUUCCUUCUCGCCGCAGUCCGUGCCGCCUGCCUUCCCUCCCGGGUAUGCGUCUGCUCCGACCCUCACCGCCUUCUCAGCGCUGGCGCCUCUGCCGACCAUCACCACGCCAGUGGCGACGACGGCCGGUUCGCUCUUACAGACCACGCAGGGGCUCAUGCAGGCAGGCAAUGCGUUGAUGCAAGCGUUUCCCUUGCAGCAGUUGCUCGACGCGGGUCAGCAGUUGUACGCGUCGGGCUUCUUCCGAAAUCGCGGAAUGAAGCACUUGCAGAUUCCCAUGCUGGGGCCGCAGAAACAGGAGCUCCCGCCGCCCCCGGGGAUGGAGAAACCGACGGUCAACUGCGCCUCCGAGGGCAUGACAUGCUGCGUGCCGGAAAAUGCCGCUGAAAAAUGGAAGGAAAGACCGCCGUAUCUGAACAAUCACGAGAAACAGAAGAAAUGUCGAGCACAUUUUGUCACGAUGCUCAACUCCCUCUGCGCAACAACAAGUUACGCUCUCAAGGGAGACGCAGUUCGAGAAAAAUACGCCUCCGGGGUAUCUUCUGCUUCUCUGGCAGAGGACGAAGAAGACAACUGCGGCCUCGUUCUCACAGAAACUCGCGACUUUUGGAUUUUCCGCCACACUCUUGUGAUCCCUGGGAAAACAAUGAAUAAUGCGAUCUGCGAGUGCAAGGAACCGAAGAAAGCAAACGAAGAGGGCCUUCGGCAAAUCGAAGCAUUCGCAACGUGGGAGUUCUCUCUCCAGGCGGUGCAUGCCAUGGAGCAGCAGGCAGAAAGAGGGGAACAGAUCGCAAAGGGUCUCGGAACGGCACUCGCUUUAACGACGAUGCUCGGGCAGCAAGGCGAGGAAGCGAUCGGUCACGUCCUUGAGCAUGCAAGCUCUCGUGGAGUUCGCAAGUAG